GACUGGAGGAAGUGUGCUGGGGGGCUGAGCAGCAACAGCAGGCGGCAGGAGCAGGAGCAGGAGCAGGAGCAGGAGCAGUUCAGAAACGGAGCAAAAGCUUCCAUUUUAUCACCGGCCGAGGAGAGCACCGGGUCCAGCUGAGAGCGCAUUCCAGCAGAGGAAAAUGAGCCUCUCAGCCUGCACUAAGCCUGUAUGAAGGGCUGAGGGCUCUUUGAUCAGGACUUUACCCAACUCUCUCUCCUUCUGCAGCUCUGACUCACAAAGGGACACAGAGGAGGGGAAAAAAAGAAGAAUCAAAGGACUCGCUUUCAGUUUGAAAAGGAAGUCUAAAGAUUCAGGAUGGAGGAGGGAUAUGAACUCGACCUGACGUACAUCACAGAGCGCAUCAUCGCUGUGUCCUUCCCCCGGGGCUGCACAGAGGAGAUCUACUCUCACAACCUGAAGGAUGUCACACGAAUGCUCAAGUCCAAGCAUGCAGAUAAUUAUCUGAUCAUCAACCUGUCAGAGAAAAGACAUGAUCUCACUAGAAUGAACCCAAAGACUCUAGAUACGGGCUGGCCGGACAUGCACGCUCCACCUCUGGAUAAGAUCUGCACCAUCUGUAAGGCCAUGGAGAGCUGGCUCAAUGCUGACCCCCUUCAUGUGGUGGUUAUACACUGCAGGGGAGGCAAGGGUCGAAUCGGUGUCGUCAUCUCCUCCUUUGUGCAUUUCACCGAUGUAUCAGCAAGUGCUGAUCAGGCGUUAGACCGCUUCGCGAUGAGGAAAUACUACGAUGAUAAGGUCUCAGCUCUGAUGACACCCUCGCAGAAACGGUAUGUUUGGAUCCUCAACAGUCUCCUCAGUGGAUCCAUGAAGAUCAACGCCUCCCCCUUGUUCCUGCACUGCGUCAUCCUUCACGGGAUCCCAAACUUCGACGCCACUGGAGUGUGUCGUCCAUACAUUAAGGUUUACCAGGGCAUGCAGACAGUGUACUCAUCUGGAAUCUAUCACAUCGGUCCAGGCCACAGAGACCGAGUGUGCAUCUCACUUGAGCCUGCCCAGCUUCUUAAAGGAGACAUCAUGAUUAAAUGCUAUCACAAAAGUGACGUAACUUCAGAUCGUGAGGUUAUUUUCCGGCUGCAGUUCCACACGGGAGCAGUGCAGGGCUACAACCUGAUGUUUGAAAAAGAGGACAUGGAGACUGCCAACAAAGAUCCCAGAUUUGCAGAUUAUGGCAAAGUGGAGCUGGUGUUCUCCGAGGGACCAGAGAGGAUCCCAGGUGCUGACAGGUGGCAGAAUGGGGCGGAUGUUAUUGUGGACUACAACACCUCAGAUCCUUUAAUCCGCUGGGACUCCUACCAGAACAUCUGUGAUGGUGAAGCGCCACGCUCUCAAGGCCUAAGCCAGGACAAAGCUGCUAAAAAGAGGAGCCCCAGCGGAGGAGAGGCUACGCUGGGCAGAGGGGCCCGCACGACCUCCGCCACCUCCAGCCCGGACCACAGCGACCACGCCCUCUCUGUCAGCAGUGACUCGGGCCUGUCUAGCACUUCACUGUGGACUGACAGACCCACACCUGUCCCCGCCGCCACCAUCACCACGACCACCACUACCACCACCACCAUCAAGCCUAACCAGGGUCCCAGCCAGCAGGAAAAGGUCCAGCUAAAGCGCCUUUUAAGUGGUUUUGGUCUUGAGGAGCCCUCACUGGGGGAGAUGGGUGAUCAAGGCCCCAGAGUGGCUAUCCAGCAGAUAGUCCCAGCGCAAGUGCACAUCAACGGAGACCCCAGACCCAGAGAGAGGGAAACGGACAUCCUGGAUGAUGAGGUCAUUACAGGUCAUGAUCUGCACAGUGUGGACAGCUUAGGGACCUUGUCGUCCUCCUGCCACAAGAGCAGCCAGAACUCACUGCUGUCAGAUGGCUUUGGGAGUCCCGGAGCAGAGGAGCAGCAAAGCCAAAGCCAGCACCACCUCCAUCACCCUGCACCUCCUCCUAUGGAGGAGUAUGAGAGAGGCUAUGCUGAGGCGAGAAGGGGCUGCCUGAGCUCCAGGAGCAACUCUGUGGCCUCAGCUAAUCCCAGCAGUGCCCCCAUGCCCAAACAGCAUGUCUACAGACAGGGAAGCUAUUCCACACAGUCCUGGGUUCGCCAGCAGCAGAUGGUUGCUGCACAACAGUUUAUCUACAUGCCCGAGGAUGGAAAUGAUACAGAAAGAUACAAGCAAGGGAGCGGUUCACCCAAAGCAGGUCUGCCAAGUGAACCUCAGGGCCCUAACAGGGACAUGACGACAGAUGCCCUGAGAAAGACAGCGCCACUAGAAGAACAGGCAACGAUAAACAAUAACAACAACAACAAACGUGAUGAGGAGUUCAAAUCUUUAACAAAGGACAUUGACAACUCCAUUGACCAGCUCAACCAGCUGAUCAUGGACCUGGAUCCUACAUUUGUGCCAGUUUCGAGCAACAACGGCUCCAUAAAGAGGAACGGAGGGACACACGUGAAUGGCUCAGUCUCCAAAUCCUCGAACGGCAUCAAUCUCAGAUUCAACGAUAAUAACGCAGCAACCCUGAAAAACACACAGCAGACAGCUGUCCAGUCCAGUGAGGGACGGGUGGGUGUCACACGAAGUCUGAGUCGCCAAGGAAGUGAUGUCACGGAUCAUCCAGUCUUCUGUAACUCAGGGUGGAGUGGGGCAGAGGAGUACAGGGGUCAGCGGACAUAUUCCCCCUGUGUGCCUCAGUCGCAGCACCCCAUGUUGUACAGGACUGACAGUGCUGAUUACAGGGCUCAGGGCCCGGACAUGGACAGCGGGGUGGAGGCCGGUAGUGACAUGACUCCACCCACUCCCGCCUUCCCCAUUUCUCCGCCAACACCUUAUGUUAAAAGUAUGUCGGAGCUGACCCACCUCAGGCAAACACCAUCUCCCAGCAUGCAGUCUUAUGGAGGCUACAGAACAGACCAUGAACCCAGAGGGUAUCCGGAGAUGAUCAGUCACGUUGGAGUGGACAUUUUACCAGACUCCUCCAUCAACUGCCACAGGACGCUAAGUGCUACACACUCUGCUUCUAUUGUUGGGAGCCAUCAGUGGACAGACAGUUCAUCCACGAACCAGUCCUGGCCUGAGCAUCCCAUACUGAGCCGCCACUCAUCCCUGAGCAGCUACACCUCUACCAGACAACCACCGCCUCACUCCAUGUCUCUGGGCUAUGACCACCACUCUCCUCCCCUGCACCACCCCCACAUCCACCCUGCCCCCAAUGCCCACAGCUCUCCCCGAAGCAGCCAGCGAAGCCGCAUGGCUCGCUACGCCCUCAGCCGCAGUCCGGCUCAAAGCUUUGACGAGCAGGAGGACUUGGGUCUCGGCUACGGCACGGACUGUCCAAACACCACCUCUAACCUGCUGGGCAAUGGAGGCAUGGACAGAGAACUUUUGACCUCCAUGGACGGGCAGAAUCAGUUACAGCUCCCACAGAUGCAGCCUCCACUUCUGCCUGAGAAGAAGAGGGGGUCAGAUGGGGAGCACUCGCUGGGAACAGCAUCCCCAGCCCUCAGUGGGUUCUCCAGUCCCCACAGUGGGAGCUCCCUGAGUAUCCCCUUCCCCAACGUUUUGCCUGACCUCUCAGCUCAGACACUGGGCACCGCCUCACCUCUGCCAGAUGUACUGGCCAGCAAGCAGGUUACUGUAAAAUUUGUGCAGGACACAUCUAAAUUCUGGUACAAGCCUGAUAUCUCGAGGGAUCAAGCCAUUUCAGUCUUGAAGGACAAGGAGCCUGGUUGCUUCAUUGUGCGGGACAGUCAUUCCUUCAGAGGGGCUUAUGGCCUGGCAAUGAAAGUGGCUACUCCCCCCCCUUCAGUUCUCCAACAAACCAAGAAAGGAGGCGAUCUAUCCAAUGAAUUAGUACGCCACUUCCUUAUUGAGUGUACACAGAAAGGAGUGCGGUUGAAGGGUUGCCCCAAUGAGCCCUAUUUUGGAAGCUUAACUGCGUUAGUCUGCCAGCAUUCAAUCACCCCCUUGGCCCUGCCGUGCAAACUUAUCAUACCUGACAGAGAUCCCCUUGAAGAUGUUGUGGAGACUACCUCACAGUCAGUCACCAACUCUGCGGCUGAGCUGCUAAAACAGGGUGCAGCCUGUAAUGUGUGGUACCUGGGCUCUGUGGAGAUGGAGUCACUAACAGGCGUCCAAGCGGUGCAGAAAGCCACCAGUAUGUCUCUGAGCGCCAACCCUCCACCAACCUCCACUGUAGUUCACUUCAAGGUGUCCUCCCAGGGAAUCACCCUCACUGACAAUCAGAGGAAGCUGUUCUUCAGGAGGCAUUACAAUGUCAACACGGUGAUAUAUUGCGCAUUGGAUCCUCAAGAUAGAAAGUGGAAAAAAGAUUGCUGCCCUUCAGCAAAGAUCUUUGGCUUUGUGGCGAGGAAAACUGGCACUUCUAUGGACAACAUAUGUCACCUGUUUGCGGAGCAUGAUCCCGAACAGCCGGCAAGUGCCAUUGUUAACUUUGUUUCCAAGGUGAUGAUUGGCUCGCAGAAAAGUAAGUAGUCCUGCCUCGGACUGAGCUGAUCAACUGGACAGACUUUUACUAAGAGUAGAAACACGAAAGACUGAAAGGUGGAACAAGGGACAAAAUGUAAAGGACUGAAAAUGGUGACGUUGACCCUGGAUAUUAACUGGAUAUUACGUACAUAAUGAUCCCUUACCAGCACCAGGAUAUUCAAUUACAGCUUUCAAUAGAAACAUCUAAAUCUCUUCUAUGCUGUUAUUUUUUUCUGUAUAAUGAACUGUAAAGUAGCCAAGAAUACAACAAAAUCCAUUACUGUCUUAUACAGUUAGAUAUAUUUUCUCAACAUAUUUUAAGUACAUAACAUAACACAAAAGCUGCUUUUCUUGUUCGUGUGUACCAUUUUUAUGGACAAAUCAAGAAAACCAUACCUUUUUGCAUGUGAUUUUUUUUCCUAAUAUUUAACCAAAACAAACUUCAUUUAAGCUAUUAAUAUUCUGUAAAAGUUGUAGCCAAUCUAGAAGCAUCUCUGUGCUGCGUCUGUCCAGCAUGCAGUAUUUUGUUGUGGAGUUUAAAAUGUGGAAGAGAGGUGCAGACAAUAUGUAUAAUUUGGACUUUUGGACAGGCUACACCUCAUACAGGAUUAUCUUAUUUUAUCUAUGCAAUGUAAAUUUUUAUUUUUUUAAACCACGGCCUUGUGUACAUGCGCAGCAUGUAUGUGGCUUCUCUGAACCUGUUAAAUAAUUAUCUUUCUAAGAUGUAUGUGAAUAUGACCACUUUUAAAGCUGUCAGUGACAUUUUAAUGAAUGUGUGUGUGUGUGUGUGUGUGUGUGUGUCUGUCUGUCUGUCUGUCUGUGUGCGCGCAUGCGCAUGUGUGUGUGCACAAGUCUGUGUGUGUUGAAAUGAGAGAAACCCUAGAAAAAUAUUUUAAUUAAACCCUAAUAUAUAUUGAUUUGACAUGAGUUGGUUAAAAACACAUCAGUACUUUGCUUAGAAGAUAGUACAAGUGGCAUUCCACUCAGAGCUGCCAAAUUUUACAUUAUUUUGCCCUCUUUUGGGGGCUUCAUGACCCCCAAUAUCAUACAGUGUUUCCCUAUAAAAAUGUAUACGUUUCUGAAUUUAUAAAAAGACAAGUUGGUAUAUGGAUGAAACAAAUGCUGCAAUUGUUCAGUUGCUCAGUGUUGAAAUUGCACAAAUUAAUUUAGGAUUUGACAUCUCUGGGACCAAGAUAAAGUGUGUCUAAAGCUGGUUAUUCCCCCAGUUGAGUGCUUGUUGACAUUGUAUGACGACCAUAAAACUUUAUUCCUUACAACUUUUUGUGUUGGUUCAGCCAUUUUAUCCAGAAAGGAACCUACAAGAAGCCACAAUACAGCCCUGUUGGUAUUCUUACAUGGAUUGUGUACACAUUUGUUUAUCUUGUUAUCUAUUAUCUGUACCUCAUACUUAUCUCAUACAAUACUGUGCCUCUGUGUAUAACAUGCUACAUGUGAACAGUUUAUUUGUAUAUUGAUAAUGCAUUGUUUGAUGUGUUCUGUAAAUAAACAAAAUUAAACAUUUA